ACAGCUGAGACAGUUUCACCAGCUGGUAGUCUGGACAAAAAAGAGAUCUAUAAAUGGUCCUCCGAAUCCCCCUUCGCAGGAGUGCCAGCUUCACUCCCGACCACCAGCCUGUGGCGGAAGUCUCCACUCCUACCCCUGUGAAAAUGGAAGCCAACGUGGUGGUCCUUGGAGCGGACAGUGUGGGAAAAUCAGCUCUGACGGUGCGUUUCCUUACCAAGCGGUUUAUUGGGGAAUAUGGAGACAUGGAAUCUAUCUACACUCACACUUUGGCAGUAGAAGGCAAAGAGAUUCUUUUCCACAUCUGGGACUUUCCUUGCUCGCAGGAGAAGUCAGAGGAGAACUCAUCUAAGGACAAGCACAUCCAAUGGGCUGAUGGCUUUGUCUUGGUCUACAGCAUCUGUGACCGUGCUAGCUUCAACAGUGUCCAGCCCAAAGUCCAAUUCAUCAAAGCAACCAAAGAAGGGCCAAGCCAGGAGAAAGUGCCCAUUGUUAUUGUGGGCAACAAGCGAGAUCUGCACCAUCACCGAGCGGUUUCCAGUGAAGAGGGCCGUCUCCUGGCCCUCUCCAUGGACUGUGAAUUCUAUGAGGUAUCAGCAGCAGAAGCCUAUCAUGGGGCUCUCAUGGUCUUUCAUGGUUUAGCGGAACGCAUAUGUGAGGCCAAGUUGGCCCUGAAGAAAGGCACAGGAAUCCGCAAUAUUGUCAAGAGUGUAUCUGCUGUGUUUGCUCGGAAAAGAACAGACUCAAUGUGAGAGAACUAACAAUCUGGGAAUGCUAUGGGAAAACAUCUAUGUUUCUCUUGGUUGGGCAGAGUGGAACAUGGAUUUUGCUGAUAUGAAGUGGAGUGGGGCUCCUUGUUCUGCUAAUCCUGAAGGAAAAACAAUCCAGGAGGUGGUAUAUAUGGCUACCCCAGGUGUUCCAAUUCAAGAAGAAUGAGGCUAUCAAAGGAAGGAAAUGGUUAUGCCUGUCUCCCCAUACUAAAAUACCAGGACAAAAAGAUUUGCACAAGAGAAAGUGAACAACUUGCCCAAAUCCACCUAGUAAGUUGGAAUUGGAAUUUGGGGAUCCCAUAUUAAUGUGGUACCAGUGCAAGAGCCAGUACUGUAUUCACUUUGACAUUUGCAGAGAGCUGUAUGGAUGGAACAUCAUCACUUUGCCCCAUAUAUAGAUAAACUGGGCUAAACCAGAGUUCAUCUAACCAUAGUUUACUAGAUAAACAACAGUUGAAUAUUUAACACUGGUCUGAAGCUAUAGGGGGAGAUCAUAUGGUGAUACACUAUUAUAGAGUUCUACCCUGGGCUGUCCAGGAGAUGUAGUGGAAGGCCUGUCUGGGUGCCUGGAAGCUAUAGGUCUGGAUAGGGAGAAACAAAGUGAGACUCAGCCCUAACAAGAUGAAGUGGUUGUCCAUUCAGAAAGUGACUGACUCUGGGACAACACCACUCUUAGCUCUGGAUGAGGGAGAUUGCUUCCCCCGAAAAGGCUGGUUCACAGACCAGUCUGCCUGGGUUCAUACUACACCAUAAGCCAAAGCCAAUUAUAUAUGGCUUAAUACUGUACAGUGGACGAUCCCCACCCAUAAUAGUUUUGCUAGCUGGGUAGGAAUGCAGCUUGAGUCCUUAGAAGCUAAUGUGUACUGAUUUCCCAAGGGACAGUCAUAAGAGUCUCCUGCAAAAAACAAAAACAGACAACCUCAAGACCUAGGCAGAGAAGAGAUGUAGCCCAGUAGUAGAACUUCUGCAUUGCAUUCAGAAGGUCCUUGACUUAGUUUGACCUUUUUUAAUUGGCAGCAGUUCUCCAGGUGAUGUUCUACUCCCUACCUCUGCCACUGGAGAGCAUUUAACUAGAAAUGCCAAGGACUGCAAACUGGCACCAGGCUUUAGUGGGCACCUUCUCCAUUCCUGGUGUUGGUGAACCUGGAAGGCUGACUGAUCCAGUUAUUAGUGCUGCUAUGCUGCCUAGGAGGUUAGGGGUUAGCUGCCAUUUUGAUAGCUACCAGGCCCCUUAGCAACAGUCUGCUGGAAACCAAUUGGAAAACUAAAAUAGCAUCUUAGACCCAGCUGCUCUGAGCAUAGGAGUCUAGGGUGAAUAUCAACAUAGCUAGAGCUAGGAACUACCUAUGGUUUCUUCAUGCUAAAAUUGCACCUGCAAGGAUUUAAUCUAAGUAUUUGUGCAUGAACAUAAUUGUUCUUCCUUGCUCCAUCUCUUAAAUCCAGUAGAAUUUGAACAUGGAUAGUUUGUUUGCUGUCUUUGUAGCCUCUCCAUCUAGAUCAAAGGCAACCUGGCUCUUCCCCAGUAAACGUCUGUGUGAAAUGAGUGAAAAGAGCGGAAGGAAGGAAGGAAGGAAGGAAGGAAGGAAGGAAGGAAGGAAGGAAGGAAGGAAGGAAAACCUGGAGGGCCUCAGGAUCUCAGAGAGAGAAACUGGGUGGCCUCAUCCAUCUUUGGGCUUGUCCAGCUCUCCCAACUCCCUUCUCUGCUGUCAUCAGCUUGGAAGAGCCAUAUCAGUUGCAUCUCUCUGCUGAGAUAUGAGGAUCUCUGCCAAAUUCUCCUUCAACCUCCGGUUCUGUCUUGCUUGCUUUCAUUGACUCAGUUAUUGCCAACUAGCAGCACUGCAAGUUAGAUGCUUGGAACUGGAUGUCCUCAUGCGUCUUUCUUUUCCUCCCUCCCUCCCUCCUCCUUCCUUCCUUGCUGAUGGCACACAGGGCUCCUGCUAAGUGAGACACAGCACACAUGCCUGUACAAUUAAAGAUGUGGCUUCCUUCCAGGUCCUUGUGUGGGUGUGUCAGGCCUUAAAUAAGAAUAGAUAGGAUAAGAGCUACAGUUCUUGUCUCCUGUUGGAAAACAACCCUCAGGCCUCCACAACUGAUGAAAAGUGGGAGAGAAAAAAUCAGAAGAAUUGAUUUCCCAAGAGAGAGGAAAUUGAUUGGUGAGUCACUCUCCUGCCCGCUCAUCCCAGAUGCCUUAUUUGGUUUGCCAGUCUCACUGGGGUGAUAAAAGCACUCUGCAUAUGCUUGGAGCACUCCACUUUAGUAGAUCAGUGAAUACAAAGAACGCAGGUUCCCAGCUAACUAGGGGGAAGGGCUAACUUUUAAAAAGGAAUUUUGGAGUCCAGAUCAGUAAGGGAUAGGUGUGUUCACAUAUCACCUUAAGCUGUGGUUAAUUAAGCAGUGGCUUAUUGCCCCAACCACAAUUGACUAGGAUUGGGGUAUAUAAUGGAAGUCUUGUUCUAGAAACUGCAAUGGCUGGUUUGACACAAUCUGGUAAGCCAGUAGCAAGCCAACCCCUGAUCAUAAAUUGUGGUGCGUGAAUCCAGUCAGUGCUUUGAGAUGAAAAUACUGCAGCUGGUUCUGUAGCUGCCCUAGCAAAAAGGGUUGCAGUUUUGAAUUUUGAAAAAUAAAAGCAUUGAAUGUUGACAAAUAUUUCAACCAGUCCCUUUUCACAGGGUUAUUAGGAGUAUAACAUGGAAGGUGGGAGACUGAUGACAGGUGCAUUGAAUUUCAAAGAGGAAGUGUAAUAAAUAUAAUAAAAUAAUGAUGCGGAGAAAUGGAUCAAUAGACAUUUCCACCACUAUCAUCAUUCAGGCCAACUUAUUUCCAAUAUUCAAAGGCAAGCAUUAUUGCAAAAAAAUAAAACAAAUAAAUCAACACCAGACACAAGAUUGACCUUAACAUGUUUAGAAGUACCAAACAUCUUCAUAGAAAUAUAUGCAUACAUAAACACUGGGGGGUGGGGCAGGGAGGAGAGAGUGAACUUCAAAACAGUCCAAUGAGAACCAAAUAUACUCUCUGGGUAAAUGUUAUCUGGCUGGAUUCAUAGUUUCUAGAAUCAUAGAAUUGGAAGCUCCUUAGUGGUCACCUGUUCCAGACCCCUUCCAAUCUCCUACAGCAUCUCUGAUAGAUUGCCAUCCAGCCUCUGCUUGAAGACCUCUAGUGAAGGAGAAUUUAUGUAGCAGCCUAUAACACUGGCCCACAGCUCAUUCGGGCAGGAAGCCCCUCCUGAUGUCUAUCCUGAACCUCUUUCCUUGUUGUUUUAACCCACUGGUUCUGGUCCUGUUCUCUGGGGCAACAGAGGAUAAGCCCACUCCGUGAAGACUGCUGUUAUUUCUCCCUUCGGUCAUCUCUUCUGUAGCCUAAGCAUACUUAGAUCUGUUAAGCAUUCCUCAGAGGGUUUAGUUUUCAGGCCCUUCAACAUCUUUCUUACUUUUGUGAUAAGCCAUAGUUUGUUGAAUAAACCCAAAAGGUGGGGCAAGCUGUAUGACCCAGUCAGUAUUAGGGUAUCUAUUAACAGCCCUUAACAAAAAACAAUUUUCUGGUGCCCUUUCUUAUGUGUAAGUUUUGGAAUUAAGUCCUAAAAUUUCAAAAGGAGUCCUGGGUAUUUUGCUUUACCACAAAUGUUCCUCAAAGCAAAGCCACCUUUCUGAUUUUUGGAUAUAGUAUACUCAGCUUGAAUCUUUGAGACCCAAUAUUUCUUAUUCCAUACUUUGUGAUGCUUUCACAGCAUCUUAAUGUAAUUAACAAGUGUGUAAAUAAAUGUGUAUGUGGUGGCACUGUAUUUUGUAAAAAAAGGAAUAAAAACAAUAUGCACACAUCUUUUAGUUUGGUGUUCUUAGCCUCAUAUUUUAUUCUUAGCAGGAAGGGGAGAAAAAAGGAAUACUUACAGAAUAUAUGGAGUACAUGGUAAGUUAGUUGAGCCUCUAGAUUUGACAAUGGAGUUAAAAGUUUGUUGCUGAAUGUGAUAAGAACAAUAUACGUUUGAAUAAUGUCAGAGGAUAGCUAUUUAGUAAAUGGUACAACCCUAAACAGGUGUAAAACAAGGGUGCGUGAUGUCCCCUUGGUUGGUUAAUGUCUUUAGGAAUAAAUGCAUAAAGAAUGCUGGUGAUGUUACAAGUGUGUUACUUGGGGAUAUGAAUGUAUGGAUAUUGUAUGAAGAUGAUGUCCUGCUGUUAACUGACAAUCUGUAUGUUUUACAGUCAAUGUUAGAUUGUGGGAUACAAUAAGGGGUAUGGGUCUGAGAAUUACUCCAUGAAAGUCCAAGGUAUUUGUGUUUUAUAGGCAGUAAAUGAUUGCAAGUUAUGCAUAAGUGGUGAAGAACUAUAGCAAGUAGAUGAAUGUGUGUAUUUGGCUAGAAUGUUUUCUACUGUUGAAAAAUGGUUGGAGAAAUUUUAAGUUGUGCAAAUACUGGUAGGACUGGAUGGGAGUAGCACAUGGUCUGUCACAACCUUUUGUCAAAAGAAGUGAAAGCUGUGUAGAUGAGCUUCUUUCUGGCAUAUAGGAGUUGGUGUGUAUGUCAGGAAAAACAGCAGUGGGAAUGGGGUGCUUAAGGAAAGUGUGUGAAACAUCAAGAAGGGAUAGGGAAGAACGAAUAUGGACUGAAGUGAGCGACCAGCAGUUAGGAAGUAUACUGAGGUGAUUGAAUUGCAAAACCAAUAUAUGAAGAGUGGAUGGGUUGAGAGGAAGAAGACUGGAUUGGAUGGAGUUGAUGAGAUCCUCAGAAAGAGAACAAGCUAAAGAAUAAAAGGCAGUAUAAGGAUGUGAUGGAGGCAAGGUUAGUAUGCAAGAAAUGAGAAGUUUGGAGAGGGACAGUCAAUGGAAUGGAAAUAACCUGUAUUUCUUUUAAUCAGUUCAUGCCUUUCAUUUCCUUGGCUUCACAUUUUUUUCCUGCAUCUUUCAUGAAGUCACCUAACCUGACAGGGAAAAGCAUGAGGGAUAUACAUGUAAGAAUGAGAAAAAGUUGCUCAUCCCUUCCCUGGAGAUCGGUAACCAAGUUGGCCCUCUGAGGUAGGAAUGUUCCCUGUUUCACACGCUUCUUUUUGUCAGCAGCUGCUAGCGUGGCUGUUUUCCUAACUUUCUCGUUCUCUCUGGAUAAACUGUUCUUUCCAGCUAUUGACUAGUGGGUCCUGGUUUAAAUCAAAUGGGGCACGGUGUAUACAACAAAUGAUUUGCUGCAUUGCAGCACUGUAAACAGGCCUGAAGAGACCUCUGCCCAGAGAUUUUAAAUCACUUUAGACACAGCAAUGUUGGGAGAUAGAUUGUGAUUCAGGUCCCCCGCGAGGGAGCAGGCAAAUUAUGUUUUCAGCCAAAAGACAGAGAUGAUUUCAUGCAGUUAACCUUUUGGCCCCAAAGUAUAAUCUAAUGCCCAUGGGACAGAAGCCCCAGCCCUCUCCCCUUCAAUACUGUUCUAGAAGAUCUGGGGCAGGAAGACUGUGUUCCCAGCUUUAUUAAUCCCCCUUCCCGUGUGCUCUUAGCCAUCUCUUUGCCUAGUCAAAAAAUACUGUUUUCUACUGUUUCUUAUUCCAGUUCUCCAGGGUUUACUCUGAUAGUAUAUACAGUGUUGUUCAGUCCCUGAGAAUGAUGGGAAACUUUUGUUGUGUUCCCCAUGCUGGCUGGGGAAUUCUGGGAGCUGAAGUCCACACAUCUUAAAGUAGCUGAGAUUGAGAAACACUGAUUUAAGUACUGAUUGGGAAAUGCCUAUACUAAGAUUGAGACAGGGCAAGGAUUGCAAAAUCCAUUUAGCCCUGCUUCCUCUCCUGUCGCCUGACUGCACCACAAAGGCAUAAACAAGAAUUAUUGAAGUCUUUUCUCAAGCUGAAGCAUAACCAGUUUGUUCAAUCACUCAUUGAAUUUCUAGUUUCUUGUUCCUCUUCAUUGCCUUUCUUUCUACCUAUUCCAGUUUGUCUGAACUCUACAGUGGUAUUAAAGCACCAAGUACUGGAAGCAAAUGACUUAACCAUAGAUACAGUAGUGGGAUGGGAGGGGAAAUUUAGCUUGUCUAAUUUCUGUUCAUCAUGCAGCCAUGGUGUUACAAAUGGAUACAUCAAAGGCAAAUUUGUUCUUUCUUUCAUCUCAUGGGGUUUGGAAGAAACUAGUAAUAAGAUUAAGCAGAAACCUGCCAUAAAAGUAGACAUCAAGAAAAGUAAAAUGUUCCUUCUUUACUACUGCUAUUAAAUGACAUAUUGGCUCCAAAGGCUUAGAUGUUAAUUUCUCUGCCAAGGCCAUACAAAACAGUCCUAUUUAUAGACACUAAAGGCAGAAAAACUCAACAAGUCAGGGGUUGGGAAGCUGUACAAUAUGUAACUGGAUGCAGGAUGGAUAGUAUAUUGUAAUAGCUAAGUGGUUAAAGAGUUGGACUGGAGAGACCGAAGUUCUCACUCAACCAUGGACUUCACCUGGUGACUUUCAGCCAAUCCAUCUUUCCACCCAAUCUGCCUCAUAGCUUGUUGCUGAGGGCAGAGAAUGGAGAUUGAGACACCCAAAGGAGAGGCAGCAUAUAAAUACAACCAGUACAUGUUCCUUAGGUUGGAGUCUACAGCUGGUGGCACCAUCUGACCAACCUUUUCUGGGUUUGGAGGCUAAGCAAGGUCAGGGCCCUUUGGUGGGAGAUCACCAUGACAUCUCAGGCUAUUGACUAGAUCAGGAAGUUUUAAAAAAAUAUUCUAGAAGAAUAAAAUGCCAAAUCACUUCCAUGUCCAUGGAAUCACCAAUUGCAGAACUUAAAGGAAAUGGGGAAAGCAAGACAUGUUAAGCCACAUGGACAACCUAAUGUUCCAGGAGAUACUAUCUUUAGAGCACUUCAAAAAUGGUUACAGAACUGCAGUGUGGAAAAGGUGAAAGAGCAUUCAUGGGGAACACUAUUAAAUUAAUUUAAAUCUGUUAGUUCUUUGUUCCAGUCCUAUAAUAUUCUUUGUCCAGGCCCUGCCCAGAGCAGCUUCCAAUAUACUGCUCAAAGACCCAAAUUUAUUCAAACAUGAUGAAUGGGCAACUUUUCAGGGGUCAGGGACCCUGACUCAACCUUCUGACCUUCCAGAGGACCCAGAUGAUAUAGCAACAUACCAGAAAGCAACAGUUUUCUGUUUCCUCCCACCCCCAUAUUUUCAGAGCGGGAAUGAGAGUAGGAGCUGAACCACUCCUAUUUCCACCUUGAAUCCUCCAACUCCUCCUCCCAAAGCUACCUGAAAUCACAAUCUUUGGGUGUUUUUCUUUCUUUCAUUGACUCUUGGUGACUGCCUGGACAA